GUGGAGGUUGAGGUACUAGAUGUAGGCUGCUGAUCUGAUGUUGGAUACUGUAUGGUCAGCAAAGACUCCAGCUCAGACAAAGCUCUGACUCCAUUACGUCAACAUCUUGCCAUGACAGGACCAAAUGCCUAGUCUUCUCGUCUGCCUUCAGGACCUGAGAAAUGGCCUUUUCCUGGUCAAGCACUCUCUCGAUCAUGUUGAGUCUCGAACCCCAUCGUGUUGGGGACUCGGUGAUGAGCUUCUGUUGAGGUAGCUUUAGCUCAGUUUGAGCAUUACUUAAGUCCCACUUUUUGUUCCAGCUGAAGGAGAAUGUACUGACGACUUUCUUGCAGACCGAUGUUACGCGUUCAACACGAGGGUCUUUGUGUCACAAUCCACCGUCUGCCCUCACUUACAACUGGACUACACUUCCCAUAAUCCUUUUCACCAUCUCACCUGAUCCCCAUCAUUGAACAUUAUUAGUUUAUCCACGUCACCUGUUUAUGUCUCAUUAUCUGUGUUAUAUAAGUUCUCUUCUUUGGUUGUUUCAGUGUCCAGUAUUGUAUGUUUUGGUGUUGUGCUUCCCCUGUGUUCGUUUUGGAUUAAAGAAAUCUUUCUGAUUACCUGCUCGUUUGGUCUGUUCCCUGUGCAAACCGUGACAGAAUACUUGACCUAAAUAAAUUCAAGAUGCCAACACUUCCACCAGGACUAGCCGAUGUCCUCAAGGCAGACAUGGCAAUACGGGAGAUGCAACAGGCUGGACGAUCUCUUGAAAGGUACUCGGAGGAAUUUGUGGAGUUGAGCUAUCGGGUGAGUUGGAGCGAUCCUUUUUUGAAUAAUAUAUUUCUGACUGGUCUGGAUGAUGAUCUGCUCGCCCUUCUCGUGAUCCCCUUCGCGGAAGAUUCCUCGCUGGAGGACAUCAUUAACCAGGUCCUCCAAGUGAUGGGCUCAAACUUCCGCGUUGGGGAUGCCGAGCAGGACUUGAGCGGUCGUCAUCCAGAACCAGUGGAGAGAGGGGGAUCAGCUCCGACUCGCUCGAAAUCCGCUCCGCACUCCGCCGCAAAACCUCAUCGUCGUAGAAAACGGCGAGGACGCCACCACGCCUCUCCAGCCAGUUCCGAGCCGAUCCAGCCCGACUUCGAAGCCUGUUCCGAGCCGUUCCCGCUCAGCUUCCAAGCCCGUUCCGAGCUGGACCCGUCGGGACUGCCAGAGAUCCGCGAGCCGGUCCCGCCCGGACUUCCAGAGAUCCUCGAACCAGCCCCUUCCGGUCUUCCAGAGAUCCGCGAGCCGGUCCUGUCCGGCCUGCCAGAGAUCCUUGAGCCGGUCCCGCCCAGCCUUCAAGAGCCGCCAGAGCCCGCUAAAGAGGAGAAUCUACUGGACUCGUGGGUAGAUUGGGAAGAACCUUGCUUACUGCCUCUGGGCUCUGAACUGCCUGUUUGCCCUGCUACCUCUACGGAGGUAGCUCCUCUACCCCUGGCGCUUCCGCUUCUGGAAGUCACGUUAUGGUGUGUCUGGGCCGCACACAUGUCCCUAGAAGACCCUGCAGACGAGUCCAGCUGUUGA